CCUCUUUCCUUGGAUCGGCUAGAGGCUCCAACCAUGCGGCCGGCCCAUGCGCCGGCGUCGGCGGCGCGCGGAGGCCGGGCGCUGUACGAGCUGUACAGGGCGGCGAGCCGCGCGGCGGCGCCGGCGGUGUUCCUCUGGCGGCGGAUGCGAGGGCUGGAGCACCGGUCGCGCUGGCCAGAGCGGCUAGGCCGGCCGUCGGUUGCGCGGCCUCGGCCAGGCUCGCCGCUCGUGUGGUUCCACGCCGUCUCCCUCGGCGAGGGCAUGGCCGCGCUCCCGGUCGUCCGUCACUGCGCGCGCCUCCACCCCGGCCUCCCUAUCCUCCUCACCACCACCACUCUCUCUGCCUUCGAAGUGAUAAAGGAUUUGCUGCCGGAUGUUGUCAUAUAUCAGUUUGCACCUCUUGACUGUCCUGACGCAAUAGAAAGGUUCAUUGGAUACUGGAAGCCAAGUUUGAUACUUCUCAUGGAAAGCGAAUUGUGGCCAAACCUCAUCAUGUCUGCCGCAGAGAAAGGGAUUGCAGUGGCUCUUUUAAAUGCCCGUAUGUCACUGAAGUCGUUCAACCGUUGGUCUGUGCCUCUAGGGUUGCCAUUAAUCUCUCUGAUGCUCUCUAAACUAUUGCUUGUUAUCCCACUGAGUACGGUCCAGGCUGUUCGUUUUCAGUUGCUCCAUACACCACCACACAAAAUCCAUUUCGCUGGUGAUUUAAAAUAUGCUGUUGGUGAUGUUGAGGUUGGGGAGAAAGAGCUGGAUACAAUCAAAGAUCUGCAGCGGCAGUUCAACGAUAGGCCCAUCUGGAUGGCAGCUUCGAUUCACAGCGGUGAAGAAGAAGUCGUUCUCCGUGUUCAUGACGAGUUAAUCAAGGUGUAUCCUUUGCUACUACUAAUUCUCGUGCCAAGACAUCCUCAGGACAUCAAGAAUGUUUCUUUAGCACUGAAAAAACAAAAGAUAAAUUUUGUGCUGAGGUCAACAAUGGAAGUGGUGUCUAUAAACACUAGGGUAUACGUGGUUGAUACUUUAGGGGAAUUAAGAAUGCUCUACAGGGUAACUCCAAUAGCAGUCGUGGGAGGUUCAUUUUUACCUAGCUUGUCUGGCCAUAAUUUUUCCGAGGCUGCUGCAGCUGGUUGUGCUGUUCUGACUGGUCCCCAUGUUGGGCAUUUCUAUCAUAUGCUGGUUGAAAUGUGGCAAAUAAAUCCUCUAGCUGUCAAGCAGUUGACAGGAGAAGCUGAACUGCUGGAUGUGCUAAAAGAACUGCUCGAUGAUUCCAAAGCUCUAGAAGCAUGCCAAGGAGCUGCAAAAGAUGCAUUUUCCAUCAUGGCACAUGGAGUCGUGAGCCGUGUAUGGAAUCUAGUCUCCACUUUCGCCAUUGAUUCCCAACAGAAACGUGGAAUAGUUAAUUAAUUCUAUUGGAUUUCUUCAGGGACUGCUUCAGAACGCAUGGCGACCCUCUCAAGCCGGAGGUCUCAAGAAUUUCUUCGUACAACCUGUUUUGCAGCUUCCAUAUGAUAGUACUCCUACCGAACAUCACAUGUCUGGUGAGUGGUGACAAAGGAGACAGAUCUCAAAUUACAGGCAACCCAACUAUUCCCUACAGUCGCUUGAAGGAACGCUGGAAAGUACCCAUCCUAGUUUUGUCUAUUCUGUUCGAUUUACUCCUCUCUCAGCGCUCUAGUAGCAUGUUUCUGGAAAUUUCUUCUGCGCCUCCUAUUAUUCUUAUCCCAUGACUCGUGGCUGUAAUUAUUGGUACUCCCUCCGGUCCUUUUUACUUCGUGUAUUAGAUUAAUGUCCAGUCAAAUUUUGCAAAGUUUGACUAAAAUUAUAUAAAAAAAUCUAACAAUAUUGAUUUCGCAUUGUGAA